UUUCACUCUCAUUUCUGAGAACCAUCGCACAAUCUCUCUCUCUCUCUCUCUCACAACCAAAGCUAAGUAAGAAGAAAGAACCAAAGGCGCCUGCAACGACGUCGUUCUUUACGAUUUCGAGUUUCUUCUCUCGCUCGAUCCUGUUCUAAUUCUGGUGAUGAAUAUGAAACCAGUUUGCCCUUUUGUCAAAGCUGCUCGCCCUGAUGAUAAUAGCACUUCUAAAAAAUCAGGUGAAAAUUCAAUCAAACAUCAAGUAGAGACUGAGAGUAAGGUGAAGAAAGAUGUUAAUGUUAAUGACUCAGCUAGUGCCUCACCAAAGUGCCCUUUUGGAUAUGACUCACAAACAUUUAAGAUUGGUCCUCUUAGCUGUAUGAUAUGCCAGGCACUUCUUUUUGACACUAGCAAAUGUGUGCCUUGUUCUCAUCUUUUCUGCAAAGCAUGUAUAUCACGCUUUAAGGAAUGCCCUUUAUGUGGGGCUGAUAUUGUGAAGAUCGAGCCUGAUGCUAAUCUUCAGGGUGUAGUUGAUCGCUUUAUCGAAGGUCAUGCUAGGAUCAAACGGUCUGUUAGUUCAGAGAAAGGAGAAGAAGAAGCAACAGAGAGUAAACCAGUCAUAUAUGAGGAUGUGUCGUUGGAAAGAGGUUCUUUCUUGGUGCAACAUGCCAUGAGGGCAUUCCGCGCUCAGAAUUUGGAAAGUGCCAAAUCAAGACUCAGCCUCUGUGCAGAAGACAUUCGAGGUCAGCUAGAAAAAGUGGGUAGCACUUCAGAGUUAUGUUCACAACUUGGAGCAGUCUUGGGUAUGCUUGGUGAUUGCUGCCGAACAAUGGGUGAUGCCAGUUCUGCAGUAGCUUAUUUUGAAGAAAGUGUUGAAUUUCUGUCAAAGUUGCCAAAAGACGAUUUGGAGAUUACACAUACACUUUCUGUUUCACUUAAUAAAAUUGGAGAUCUUAAAUAUUAUGACGGAGACCUUCAAGCUGCAAGAUCGUACUAUUUUCAAUCUUUGGAUGUUCGCCGUGAUGUUGCCGAGCACAGUCCAGAUGUUCCAUCCCAGGUCCUAGAUGUUGCUGUUUCUCUUGCAAAAGUUGCUGAUGUGGACAGAAAUCUAGGGGAUGAAAAGUUAGCUACUAAUGGAUUUCAAGAAGCCAUAGACUUAUUGGAAUCACUGACUUUGAAAUCUGAAGCCAGUGGGCUUGAGCAACGGCGGCUAUCAGUCCUAGACUUCCUUAGGAACCAACUUGCUGAAAAACAAAAACAAGCUGAGCCAACAGUCUGAGAAAGGAGCUCCUCGGGAAGAAAGGAAGCAUUAAUUCAGAUGCAAUAAAUGCCAAGGGACAAAUUUGCAAAAUUAGCUCAGGUUCAUAGAGGCACUACUAAUAGAGGAUGAAGAGAUUUCAGAGUAAUGCAUAUUUCAGGCAUUUCUGGCAAUGUAGUACCUGCCUUUGCCUUAGAUUCUACAGUAGAUCCUCUUUGUAUUUUCUUGUACACCACUUUUUUUUUUCUUCCCACAUUUUUCGUUGCUUUCUUUUUGGUUCAUUAGAACAACUAUGCUGGGGUCUACCUUGCAUUAUUGUAAGUAAAUAUACUUCUCUAAUAAACUAGAAACGAAGUAACAUUUAAGUAUAGGUUGUAGUUUGCGUUUGAACAUGAUGAAUACAUUCUAUAUACUGUGA